AAACAUAUGGAUUAUUUAUGGUGGAAGGUUCAUACCGCAGUGUAAAAUUCACAGUCUUUAUUUAUUUUCAUGUAUUUUGCUAUAAUUUUUGAAUUGUAAUCAUGAUGGAGGGUUCUCUAAGUAAAUGGACAAAUGUGAUGAAGGGUUGGCAGUACCGGUGGUUCGUGCUGGACGAGAAUGCUGGCCUGCUUUCUUAUUACACGUCUAAGGAGAAAAUGACGCGCGGUGUUCGAAGAGGGUGCGUGCGACUCAGGGCAGCUGUCAUAGGCAUCGAUGAUGAAGACGAUUCCACCUUCACCAUCACCGUAGACCACAAGACGUUCCACUUCCAGGCCCGAGACGGUUCAGAAAGAGAACGAUGGGUCCGCGCAUUAGAAGACACCAUAUCAAGGCAUGGUCGCCGAGAGCGAUGGUCGCGCUGUAUGCCAGCCCCGCGGCACCGACACGGUGACCUUGAGCGCAGAAUAUCGGAGGCUGACGCUUAUCUGCAGAUCAUGAUUGAGCUGGUUUCUAAAAUGAGCGUUCGUGUGUCGGAGCUGGGAGAUCCGCAUGAGAAGAGCAAAGGACAAGUUAUUCUAGAUCAUUCCAAUGUCAUGUUGGACAACAUAAAACAUUCCAUUGUGCUGCUACAAAUAGCUAAGAACACAGUUAAUCCAGUUAACGGAGUAUAUCAGGGACCUACAAAUCCUUCACAAACACAUAUCAAACAAGAUGCGGAAUUAUCCCCGCGCGUGGAGAUGGGCGCGGAGUGUCGCGAGCUCGCCACGCCGACGCAUCCGCUGCCGCCGCUCGAACAUCUCGAUGCCCCACCUAUGUCACUGCUAGUGCCGGACACUUCGUACUCGUCAUCAGAAGGGGAGGACGAUUUCUUUGACGCCGAUGACGAACCGGCCGGUGCCGUGCUACCGGGGCCCAGCGCCAGUCGCACUUGUCCGGCGGAGGGCGCGCCCGAGCAAGACUCGGCGCAGCCCGCCGUCGAUCUGCCGCGCACCAGGGAUGGAGAAAUUGAUUACGAUGCCCUGUACGAGGAUGAGUCGGACAGUGACCUCGGGUCGAUGGAGAACCACGGCUCAGUGGUCACCCAUCUCCUGUCGCAGGUCAAGAUUGGAAUGGAUCUCACUAAGGUUGUGCUACCGACAUUCAUAUUGGAGAGGCGAUCGCUCCUAGAGAUGUAUGCAGACUCCUUUGCACAUCCUGAUCAAUUCGUCAAGAUAGUAGACCAGCCCACACCCCGAGACCGCAUGGUACAGGUGUGCCGAUGGUACCUCAGCUCGUACCACGCCGGCCGCAAGUCCCAGGUUGCUAAGAAGCCGUAUAACCCCAUACUGGGAGAGGUCUUCCGAUGCCACUGGGACUUAGAUGCAGUGCCCGGCGAAGUGCAUCAGAGUAAUAAUGAGAAGCAAGAAGUAGGCGACGGUCCUGUCCCCUGGUGCACACCGGACCAGCUAUCCUUCGUAGCGGAGCAAGUAUCCCACCACCCGCCGAUAUCAGCGUUCUACGCGGAACACGUGAACAAACGCAUACAGUUCGAAGCCUGGGUCUGGACUAAGAGCAAGUUCCUUGGUUUGUCCAUCGGAGUGCACAAUAUUGGCAAGGGGACGGUCACGCUUCUGGAUACCGGGGAAGAGUAUACGCUUACUUUCCCUAAUGGAUAUGGCAGAUCAAUCCUAACAGUCCCCUGGAUAGAACUCGGCGGUUCCGUAGUCAUAGAAUGCGUGCAAACAGGCCACAAGGCGAACAUUGAGUUCCUCACGAAGCCUUUUUAUGGCGGCAAGAAACACCGCGUGACCUGCGAAGUGUUCGCUGGAGCUGAUAAGAAGCCGUACUAUACGGCACAGGGAGAGUGGAACUCAAGGAUGGAUGGACGCUGGACUGAAUCUGGACGCACAGAAGUACUGUUCGAAGUAUCGAACAUGAAGGCGCGGCGCAAGCGCGUGGCGCCCGUGUCGCGCCAGGCGGCGCACGAGUCGCGGCGCGUGUGGCGCCACGUGACCUGCGCCCUGCGCGCCGCCGACUGCGACGCCGCCACCUGCGCCAAGCGCCACGUCGAGCAGGCGCAGCGCGACGCCGUCAAGUCGCGCGACGCCUCGGGGGAGAAGUGGACCACGCUGCUGUUCAGCCCAAAAGGCGAAGACGGAUGGGAGUACACAGCGCCCCUCAAGAAGCGCCUCAGCACGACCAAGACAACGCCUCAACAUAAAAACGGCGAGACCACUGAGAACACUAGAUAAUCUAAUCAACAUUCAACCUUGGACUUAUGAAGUAAGGUAGAAACUCCUUCGUCACUACAACGGACCUUCUAGGGUAGGCAAUGUUCAGUGACGCACUGUUCUAACGGCACCACACUUCGGGUAUGUUCGGGAAUCUUCGGGGAUCUUCGGGUGAAGUCAGUCCUUUCAUGUGUCCUUCGCUUAUUUAUACGGUACUCGAAGUGUGGUUUCGAUGUUUUGUUUUAGAUAUCGAUAAAGUUGGACCGUUAAGUCUCUUAUGCCAUAAUUUUAGGGUUUUUAAUGUCGCGCAUGAGUUCUUAAAAGUACUAAUUUUGUUUUUUAUAUCCACGUCUUUCGUCUUUUGGGGCAAUUUUUAAGUAUUUAUUUUGUCAAAAUGAAGAUAGUUGAGCUAGAAAAAGUCUAGUGAUGAGCCCCAUAUAAAAAUGACAUUCAUGACAUUCAAUUGUUACUGUUUUAUGUGUUUCUUUCUAUAUA